UCCGUUCUUGGGAACACCAUCAUCUUUCCUCUAGACCUCAUCACCACUCGACUUCAACACUCGUCAUAUAGGACGAGAAAAGCGGGAGUGCUUCGACUUUUAUUCUGUCUCUAUCGGCGACAUGGACUUCUAGCUCUAUACCGCGGACUACCAGCCGAUACACUGUCCACACUUCUCAGCUCCUUCAUAUACUUUUUCACCUAUUCCGCCCUACACAAGACCUCUCUGCUACGACCGCAGGUCUAUAUCCCACCAGUCAUUUCCUCUCCUGCCGGUAUAGGAGGUCUAGACACGAAAGCUGGUAAAGUUUUGACCCACCCCGCUACCACGUUCGAUCCCGUACGAGAGGUCCUCAUUGGCGUCAUCGCAGGAGUGAUUUCCAAGGGUCUCACCUUGCCCAUUUCUGCCAUCUGCGUGAGACAGCAGUUGGGAGAAAAGGAAGAGGAGCACGAAAAUGAUAAAGACAACGACAAGAAGGAGCGUUCCUCAAGAGAUUCAAAGUCAAAAUCGACAUCGAUUUGGGCGACGAUCAACUCCCUCCGAGCUGAAGGUCUUCCGAUACUGUUCUCAGGUUUCGCCCCUACCAUACCCCUCGCCCUCCUUCCCUCCCUUACCUUAUACAUCAACACGCUGCUCCUCCGCCUCAUCGUACCGUCACGUCACAGAGCCCAUCCCAAAGGAAUCGUCACAUUUCUCCUCGCCGCACUCAGUAAUGCCAUAGCCACCUUCCCUCUAUAUCCCCUCGUCCUGCUCAAGGCACUCAGUCAGUCAGGAACGACUCGUCAACAGGAAAGGAGCUCGAAAGGCGUGAUGGACCGGGCUGGGGAGAUGCAGCUGACUCUCGGUCAUAUUGUACGGACUGAAGGGAUGCAAGGACUUUAUAAGGGAUUGGAGGGACAACUACUCAAGGGUUUUGUCCAACAAGGGGUGAUGAUGCUGGUCAAGCAACGGUCAGUCUCCAUCCGAUUGUCUGGGAAGUCCGCUCAUGCCUCAGCGUAG